AUGGGUGCGCUGCUUUCCCUUCCGCUCAUGGCGGUGCCGAGCAUGGCCACGCUACUUUCCUUUGGCGCCAGUUGCUGCGGAGCGGCAACAUGCUCCAUGGUCUGCAGCGCCUGCGGCAAAUGCGGCAACAGUGUUGCUACCCGUAUCGCAUACGCCCUCAUCCUCCUCGUCAACUCCAUCGUCGCCUGGAUCAUGCUCACUCCGUGGGCCAUUGAGAAGCUGCAGCACCUCAUGCUCGACUACGUCAAGAUCAACUGCCCCAAUGGCGAAUGCUACGGCUGGCUCGCCGUCCACCGCAUCAACUUCGCCCUCGGCAUCUUCCACCUACUUCUUGCCGGCCUGCUUUUCGGCGUCGCGUCCUCCAAAGAGCCCCGCGCUGCGAUUCAAAACGGCUACUGGGGCCCCAAGGUCAUUGCCUGGAUCGCCUUCGUCGUCAUGUCCUUCCUCAUCCCUGAUGAGUUCUUCAUGUUCUGGGGCAAUUACAUCGCGCUUAUCGGCGCCAUGCUGUUCCUACUCCUCGGCCUCAUCCUCCUCGUCGACCUCGCCCAUGGAUGGGCCGAGUACUGCCUCGCACAGAUCGAGGAGACCGACUCGCGCCUCUGGCGCACCGUCCUUAUCGGCUCCACGCUCGGCAUGUACGCCGCCUCCCUCGCCAUGACGAUCGUCCAGUACAUCUUCUUCGCCGGCUCCGGUUGCUCCAUGAACCAGGCCGUCAUCACAAUUAACCUCCUUUUCUGGCUCAUCAUCUCCGUCAUCUCCGUCAACCCCACCAUCCAGGAGCACAACCCCAAGGCCGGCCUUGCCCAGGCCGCCAUGGUCGCCGUCUACUGCACUUAUCUCACCAUGUCCGCCGUCUCCAUGGAACCCGACGACAAGCAGUGCAACCCUCUGCUCCGUGGCCGCUCCACCCGCCGCACCUCGGUCGUCAUCGGCGCUAUCGUCACCAUGCUCACUAUUGCCUACACCACGACCCGCGCCGCUACCCAGAACUUUGGCCUCGGCGGCAGCGGCAACGGCGGUAUUCGCCUGCCUGAAGACGACGAGCACGACCUCGUCACCCAGCAGCCCGGAAGCAGGCGCGAGAUGCGCGCCGAGGCCCUCCGCCGUGCCGUGGAAGAGGGCAGUUUGCCCGCUGACGCCCUCCUCUCUGACGACGACGACGCCGAGGCCGGCAGCAACACCGCCCACGACGACGAGCGCUCCCGCACCCAAUAUAACUACUCCAUGUUUCACAUCAUCUUCUUCCUCGCCACCACCUGGGUCUCCCUCCUCCUCACCCUCAGCCACGAGACGGCUGUCGAGCCCAAUAGCGACUUUGCUAGCGUCGGCCGCACGUACGCUGCCAGCUGGAUCAAGAUUGUCAGCGCCUGGCUGUGCCACGGCAUCUACAUCUGGAGCCUCGUCGCCCCCGUCGUCCUCCCCGAGCGGUUCGACUUUUCCUAG